UCGCACCCGUCUUCGUCGGCGGCCGAAACGUCAUCAUGGACAACCCGCAAACCACGGAUUUUGUGCAGAAGAUCAAUUUGGAAGCUUUACAAUGUAACUAUUCACUGGAGCAAAAAUGGAAAGGCCAGAAAAGAGAAUAUGAAGAAUUACAUACAUGUUUAGAAGAAUUUCCUAAAGAAUUGUCAGCACCAAUAAUGAUGCCAAUUGGAACUAAAGUGUUUAUACGUGCACAAUUAUGUAAUACGAACGAAGUGUUUAUUAGAUACGAUGAUAUUUUCACUAAACAGACAGCCUAUGAGGCUAAAGCUGUUUGUAAAAGACAAAUCAAAAGGUGUGAUGAUAUGAUUGAAAAUCUAGAAAAAGAAAAACAAUUUUUAAGUAAAAAUUGUAGUGCCAGACAAGAAAUAUUUUCUGAUUCGCAAUCAGACGAAUUAAAAGAAAUAGUUGAACCAUAUGAUGAAGAGAAAGAAGCAGAAUGGAAAGAAUUACAUAAGCAAAAAGUAAAAGAAUAUAAACAGCAGUUAGCAGAGGAAAAAAAUAAAAACAAAAUUACAGAAAAAAUGAGUUAUGAACAAUUAUGGAAUCUAUGUGAUCUCUCAAAAUAUGCUUCAAAUGAGGAUGAUGAUUCUGAUGAUGAAGACUUAGAUAGUAAUGAUAUUGAUGAUGAUUUUCUUGAUGAAGAUGAUGAUGAUGAUGAUGAUGAUGACGAUGAUGAAGAUAGUAAAAUAGAAAUAGUUUUUACUAAUGAUGUACCAGAAACCACGAGAAAUGUGAAGAAAAAAAUUAAAAAAAGAGUAUCAUUUAAUAAUGAUGUUCAAAUUAAAGAAUUUGAAGCAAGACCUGAAGAACAUUUCAUACGUAGAAGAGAAGAAACUAAUAAUGAAAAUGAGAACCCUAAAAUACUUGUAACUGAAAUCAAUGAUAUAGUUGAAAGAAUUUCUGAUACGUGUCUCGAAAAUGAAACUGAUGAAGAAGAGAACCCAAGACCCAUGAGUAGAUUCAAAGCAAAUCGAAAUAAAAGCAAAAACUAUUAAAUUGCAGUUAUAUAUAUAUAUUUAUUUUGUUAAAUUUAAGCUGUUAAUAAAGCU